AUGAAGUUUGCUAAAGUCCUAGAACAAACUUUAAUAGAGGAAGAAAUACCCGAGGAAUGGUAUGAAGCAGCUAUUCAAUAUAAAGCUCUUAAAAAAUGUAUUAACAAAGUUGUUAAUGAAUUAAAAUUCCUUGGCUUAGAACAAAAUACUCUAAAGUUAUUGUUUGAAGAAACUAACAAAGAUAAGGAAAAUGGAAAUGGAGAUGAACAUCAAGUUGUUGAAUUAAAUGAAAAUGAAACUACUCCAACUAAUCCAAUAGUUGCAGAAUACACCCUUUCCAAGUCAACUAAUGAUUCAAAUAAAUUGAAAAUAAAACCAAUGUUAAAAAUCACACUUGAUUUCUCUCAUAAAAAUUAUAGUGAUGCUCAUAUUUAUGAAAUUGGUCAACAAAUCAAACAAAAGAUUGAAAGUUUACUUAAUGAUGAUGACUUUGAUCUUCAUGAAAGUACUGCUGAUGUUGAUGGUUCUCUUAGCAGAUCAGCUUCACCUAAAUUACAGCCUUUAACUCCAAUCACUUCAAAUAGUGAAGAAAGAAUUAUUGAAUUAGCUGAAGAUGAAAAUGAUCAUCAUCUUAUGGUAUUAUCACCACCAGGUUCAAAUCAUGGUACUAGAGAAAAUUCACCUGAACUUGAAAAUCCUCAAAAUAUUGAUAAUGUUAUUGAUAAAGAUCAUGAAGAACAAUUACAAAACUCAGGCGAAGAUUCUAAGAAAUCAGAAAUAUAUAUCACAUUAAACUCAGACUCAAAAUUCUUUAAAAUGCUUAAUGAUGAAUUAGAACUCUUAGAUAGGUUACGUGAAAGUGAAGAAAAGAAAAUUAUUACUGAAGUUAGUGCCAUAAGUGAAUUAGUUGCUGCUUUAAGAAAAUCAACUUCAAAGAGAUCGAAUUUAAAUGAUCUCUAUAAAUGGAGAGAAUUAUUUCGCAUUUACCUUGACUCUGAAGUUUAUUUCAAAUAUAAUGAAACUACAAUUGCAUCAUCCCAAAGGCCCGCUUUACAGAUUAAACAAAAUCUUGACAAGUUCCUUUCAAAUGUAGAUAAAUCAGGAAUAUUAACUGAGUUCAAAAAUAAAGAUUCACUCACAGCAUUCAAUCAAUUUGUUACUAUGAAUUAUCACCUUUUGAAGAUCCUUCAAUUUCAGUCUCUUAACAAUAUUGCUUUACGUAAAAUUCUUAAGAAGUUUGAUAAACAAACUUCACUUGGUGUAUCAGCUAAAUUGCCAAAAUUAAUAACCAAUGAACACGUAUUCAUGAACGGUUCUUCCUUAGCCCAAACUAUUUGUUUUAUCAUUCAAAAUAAAAUACUUACUUUGGUUCCACAACUUGAUGAUUAUUCCUGUCCAAUUUGUAUGUCGAUUGCUUAUAAACCUAUAAGGUUAGAUUGUGGUCAUUUAUUCUGUGUCAGAUGUUUAGUUAAAUCAAAACAACAAAAGAAACAUAAUUGUCCAAUAUGUCGUUAUGAAAAUGCGAUAUUAUUAGCAGAUUCAUCCAAUUUAGAUCAUGAAGCUGAAGUUAUAAUGGAAAAAUAUUUCCCAAAGGAAGUUAAAGAAAAGUUGAAAGAAAGAGAUAAAGAAAGGUUUGCAGAAUAUAAAACUAAUGCCGAGAAUCCUAAGGGUAUUAAAAAUGAUGACAAAUGUGUGAUUAUGUAG